GCCGCAGGAAGCCGCGCUGUCACGGUACCUCCGAAGCCCCUCCGACAAGCGGCGGCUACGGUGGGGAGGUGAUCGGCUUCUGGGGGCGGAGCAGGGAUGGGGACUCCGGUGCGGUUUCGGCGCGGUUGACGGGAGGAUAGCUUUUGCUGCGGGGAAAGGGGAAGGAAGGACCGGAAAGGCGAGUGCAAAACAAAUCAACCGGAGGGGAAGAAUGCCUCCUUCUUGUAUUGAAUGGACUGGUUAUAAAAUAAUUAUUAAUCGUUUGUUUUUGCUGGAAGGCCCUAUGCAUCGCUCCACUGUAUCCCUUAAAACCGCACUGAUGUACUGGAGACUUUCAGUGGGAUAAGGAUGGAUCUUCUCUCACAUUCCAAGACCCUUGAACACUGCCUUAGGUUUUGCUCCUAGGCAUUUUUUCACCUUCCAUUUAUCUGUCGUUUUCACAAGCUUCCCCAGUCCCCGAAGGUUUCCAUUGCAACUGCAGUGAUCCGUUCCAUCAUUCAGCUUCUGUUAGGAGACAUGUACCCUCUCUCUAGUAAAGACUUUGUGUCCCUGACCGUCACUGAGGGGGGUGACGGCAGAUACAACAACGGCAAGCAGCGGCGUCGCCAGUCCUGGUGGAGGAGGUGGAAGCAGCUGUCCCGCCUGCAGCGCAGCCUGAUCCUCCUCCUGCUGAGCGCGCUGGUGGUCUGCGGGACCGUGAUGUACCCCAGCCUGCUGCCGUUCCCGACAGAUGUUUCUCUGCUAGCGGGAGAGGACAACUUGGAAAGAAUGGACACCGGAACCCUGAAGCCUGCCCUUCCAGGGGUCAUUCCCGAUGUGGUCCCCAGAGUGUUCCCAGCUCCGGAGAAACUCGAGCUGCCGACUGAGCAGAACAGGCCGACACCCAACAAGCACAGACCCGUGGUCCUACACAAGCCUCAGAGGAGUAGGGGGAACGUUUCUGAUGGACCGACAAAAGAGAGCCAAGGACCAUCAGAAGAGAGGGGUGCAGAGGCGGCGGCCGGGGAGAAGCCGCUUGUCAGCUGGCGAGGGGCCAUAAUCGAGGCGGAGCAGGUCACGGAGGCCCAGCAGGUGGAAGCCCAGCCCUCCACCAGACAGAGGGAGGCCCCCCCAGCAGGGCCAGGACAAGCAGUGUCACAGGUGCCAGCCACAGGACUGACGGAACCCAUGGACCGGGCGGAGGCGGUGCGUGAGGCCUUCAGGCACGCGUGGAAGGGCUACCGAGAUUUUGCCUGGGGGCAUGACGAGCUGAAGCCCGUAUCUAAGUCCUAUGGGGAGUGGUUCGGCCUGGGCCUGACCCUGGUGGACGCGCUGGACACCAUGUGGAUCCUGGGCCUGAAAGAAGAGUUUGAGGAGGCAAAGAAGUGGGUGGCCACCAAGCUGAAUUUCUCCAAGAACGUGGACGUGAACCUCUUCGAGACCACCAUCCGCGUCCUGGGGGGUCUGCUCAGCACGUACCACCUGACCGGGGACAGGCUGUUCUUCGAUAAGGCUAAAGAGAUUGGGACCCGACUGAUGCCCGCCUUCAAAACACCUUCCAAGAUCCCGUACUCCGAUGUGAACAUCGGCCAGGGCAAAGCCCGACCCCCCCGCUGGACCUCGGACAGCACCGUGGCGGAGGUCACCAGCAUCCAGCUGGAGUUUCGGGAGCUGAGCAGGCUCACCCAGGACCCUCAGUUCCAGAAUGCAGUGGAUGAGGUGAUGAAGAUCGUCCACCGUCUGGACGGGAAGCACGACGGCCUGGUGCCCAAGUUCAUCAACACGAACAGCGGGCAGUUCACGCACCGGGGCGUAUUCACACUGGGCGCGCGAGCUGACAGCUACUACGAGUACCUGCUCAAACAGUGGAUCCAGAGUGGCAAGAAGGAGAAGGAGCUGGUGGAGGACUACCUGCAGGCUGUGGAAGGCGUGAAGAAAAACCUGCUCCGGAUGACCUCCCCACGUAGACUUACCUUUGUGGGGGAGCUCUCCCAUGGCCGCUUCAGUGCCAAAAUGGACCACCUGGUGUGUUUCCUGCCAGGCACGCUGGCACUGGGCACGCACCACGGCCUACCCGCCGACCACAUGGAGCUGGCAGCGCAGCUCGUGGAGACGUGCUACCAGAUGUACGCACAGAUGGAGACAGGCCUGAGCCCCGAGAUCGCCCAGUUCAACCUGCAGCCUCGUAACAGCCGCGACAUUGAGGUCAAGGCUGCAGACAGACACAACCUCCUGCGGCCAGAGACAGUCGAGAGCCUGUUUUACCUGUACAGGUUCACCCAGGACCAGAAGUACCGUGACUGGGGCUGGGAGAUCUUUCAGAGCUUCAACAAGCACGCCAGGGUUUCCACUGGCGGCUACACCUCCAUCGGCAACGUCCGCGACCCUGCGAACCCCAGCCCUAAAGACAAGAUGGAGAGCUUCUUCCUGGGAGAGACGCUCAAAUACCUCUACCUGCUCUUCUCUGACGAUCCGAGCCUGAUCAGCCUGGACGAGUAUGUUUUCAACACGGAGGCACACCCCCUGCCCAUUUGGCCAUCUGGCUCUUGAGUGUGGUGGGGGGGGGACUGCCCCUGAGAAGCCUACAGGGCUCAGGGGACUUUUCUUUUGAGCCUAUUAGCUCUCCUGGUUUGUGGCUUUGCUACUUUGUUUCAUUCAGAUUGAGGAACCAUACUGUAUCCGUGGAAACGUAAGGGCCAGAAUUUUAUUGGCUGUGACUCUGAUUGUGUCACUCAGCUUGCCAGCCUCCAGCAGGGUUUUACAGGGAAUAAAUCCCAAAUGCCAGAAAUGACAAUCAGCGCUGGUGCCGGCAUGUGAUUUAGCUGUUUGUGGAGGAACAACAUCCAUGGAGGAAGCUAGUAGGCUGACCAACCCCCAUUCAAGGUCUUGCUGAGGUCUACCAGAGGAGCUGUUGAGGAGCUCUGAUUUUCUGGGGAACAGCAGCAUAGAAGUUACUGUUGAGACUGAGCUUACACGCUGUGCAGCUUCCUCAGAAGAGCCAAGCGCAUUCAAAUAGCACAUCCAUAACCGUGUGGUGGCAGGCAGCUUUCUGUUGCACUGAAUGUUAGAAGCUGCUUUCAAAGAGGAGGUGGAUAGGGUUCCAUCCUAUCCAUUAAUGGCCUGUCCAUCAGCUUGCGACCGGGGUCCACGCUGUGCAGUGAGGGAGCUGUCACUCUUUCCUGUCUGUCUGCUGCUACCCUACCUUUUACAGUCAGUUCUUUUUCUGAUGUACAAAUAAAUAACACGCUUGACUGAG